GCAAGCAUGAAGUUCGCACCGCCAAUGUCAACACCUUGCAAGGCACUCCAACUCUUCCAAAAGGUCUCCUAAACUGCUGUACAUUUCCGUCCCUUGUUUCCAUCUUCCUUUGUACGCAGCUUUCCUGCAUGACUGACCGUCUAGCAAGCUCGAGCAGUAGAGCUAGUGCAUGACGUGAUGGCACCAACGUCCCUGCAGAGGCCGAGGAAGCCGAGGUGCCCCUCCCACCCCAUGCUCUCUCUGUCCCCAGCCCUCCUCUCCCUCCUCCUCCUCGUCCCCUUCCUCUACCUCCUCAUCCACCGUUCCGCCUGCUCCUCGCCCUUCAGCAACCUCACCACCGCCAGGCGCUCCUCGUCGAGCGUGAGCGACUUCGCCGGAGACCUUCGCGACAUCGAGUUCUCGUGGAACCACCUACCGUUCACGUCGUCAACGCCGCCCCCCGCCAAGCUCAAGAUCGCCGUGUUCUCGCGGAAGUGGCCCGUGGCCACGGCCCCCGGCGGCAUGGAGCGGCACGCGCACACGCUGCACACGGCGCUCGCCGCGCGGGGCCACCGCGUCCACGUGUUCACCUCACCUCCGCCGCAUACCGAGGCCGCGCCAUCGCCCUCCGCUGAUGGCCCUCAGUUGCAUUUCCUUGACGGCACCCCCGGCCAGUGGCGGUGCGACGAGGCAUGGAAGCUGUACGAGGCCGAGGGUGACAACGAUCCGUUCGACGUCAUCCACUCCGAGAGCGUGGCGGUGUUCCACCGGUACGCGCGCGGCGUGCCCAACCUGGUGGUGUCGUGGCACGGAAUCUCCCUGGAGGCGCUGCACUCGGGCAUCUACCAGGACCUCGCCCGCGGCGAGGACGAGCGCAUGUCGCCGGCGUUCAACCAGAGCCUGUCGCAGUCGGUGCGCCGGGUGCUGUCCGAGGUGCGCUUCUUCCGGAGCUACGCGCACCAGGUGGCCAUCAGCGACUCCACCGGGGAGAUGCUCCGCGACGUGUACCAGAUCCCCGGGCGCCGCGUGCACGUGAUCCUGAACGGCGUGGACGAGGCACAGUUCACUCCGGACACGGAGCUCGGCCGCGCCUUCCGGGAAGAGAUCGGGCUUCCCAAGAGCGCCGACCUCGUGCUCGGCGUGUCCGGGAGGCUGGUCAAGGACAAGGGCCACCCGCUGCUCUACGAGGCCUUCUCCAAGCUCUCCCUCCGGCACCCGAACGUGUACCUCCUCGUCGCCGGCAAGGGGCCGUGGGAGUCAAGGUACAUGGACCUGGGACGCAACGCCAAGGUGCUCGGCGCGGUGCCGCCCGGGAAGCUCAGGGCGUUCUACAACGCGCUGGACGUGUUCGUGGACCCGACGCUGCGGCCGCAGGGACUGGACCUGACCCUCAUGGAGGCGAUGCAAUGCGGCAAGCCGGUGGUGGCCACGCGGUUCCCCAGCAUCAAGGGGAGCAUCGUGGUGGACGAGGAGUUCGGCCACAUGUUCGCGCCCAACGUGGAGUCGCUGCUGGAGAGUCUAGAGGCGGUGGUGCAGGAUGGCGCGCGGCGCGCCGCGGAGCGCGGCCGCGCGUGCAGGGAGUACGCCAGGUCCAUGUUCGCGGCCACCAAGAUGGCACUAGCGUACGAGAGGCUCUUCCUGUGUGUCAAGAACGAGACCUUCUGUGCCUACCCCUCUGAGUUUGAUUAGUUUUCUCAGCAGCAUGUGCACUUGCUUAAUGAUUUUAUUAUCGCGCACUAAUAAUAAUAAUCAUAAAGAUGUUCUUUUUCUUUUUCUCUCUCUCCUUCCCACCUGGAUUGUCAGCUAUUUGGAUAUUAAUCGGGUCUAAUUUUCUAAAGAACUAGAUAAUGCCCGCGCGUUA